AACAAGAAUAUAUUACAUAUAACAAGCCUACAUCUAUUUGCAACAAUUCAGCAAGCUGUAUCAUACAGGUACAGUAAACUUACAGGAUACUUUCCUCUUGUCCCAAAUCAGCUUUUUAGAGCGCACUUUAUUCCGUUGCUGGUGAUUGAACACUCAAGGGCAUCUGACGCUUUUUAGCACGUGACUUAAAAUAAAUAUUGAAAAGAAGCGGCAAGUGCAGUUUGAACAAGUGAAACUGUUUGUCUCGCAUACGCCCGGUCUCACUUGUACAUACCUUGGAUCUUGUUAUCUGAAAUAAAACUUUCGAGGAGGACUUGUUUUGACGUUUUGUAUUUAAGUAAUCUAUCAAUGCAUUGUUAUCGCAUCUGUGAUGUCUGACAGCGAUAUUUCUGGCAGCUUUCUACACAGCAAGAAUCAAAACAUGGUAUUACUUGAAAGAUGUGAGCUGCAGAGCUCUGGUGAUGAUGGUGAUGAAGACAGGAGACUAAAAAGAAGGGAAAAGAACAGGGUUGCAGCGAAGAACAGCCGGAAAAAACAGACACAAAGAGCGGAUGAGCUGCAUGAGGCAUAUGAGUGUCUGGAGCAGAAGAACAGACAGCUGAAGAAGGAUGUGCAGUUUCUGUCUGAGGAGCAGAGGCGUCUAACGGAGGCCCUCAAGGCCCAUGAGCCUCUCUGUCCCAUCAUGCACUGUGUUGCCAACCUGGGGUCAGGGACGUUGGGACCCAGGGAUGUAGGGGUCCCCUCCUGUCUGCCCAGAUAGCCAACAUACAAUGCACGGACCACAGAGACAAACCAACGUGGGAGACUUGUAAACAGAGUUAACAGGUCAGAUUAUAUGUCCUCAUCUGUCCUUUUUAUUCUCGGCGUCAAUUGUUUUUGUACAGUUUGAAUCAAGUUGUAAUUUAAUAAUUAUAGGCUUAGGUAAUAAGCUUUGUUUCAGAUGUUCAAAUUGCUUUUCCUGUUUAAAUGUUUUGUAUAAUACAUUGAACAUAAAUUGCAUAUCCCUUUCCCAUGAGACCAUUUCCCUUUGCUUCUGAUAAAUGUGGUUACCACACCUCUUAUCACAUGUGUUUUGGUUAACCAAACUGGUUUACCAGUACCUGGGCUUGACCAUGUGGGAACUUACUUAUACUUUACCAGAAAAAAUAAACCAUUAAAAUGUUUUUGGUUUCUGGUUUCUUAGUCCCUAAUCUAAAACAUGUAAUACACUGGCUAUUACCAAUGGAUUCAUGCAAUUCAACACUUAAUUGAUAAAAUGAAAGAAUCAAAUCACUUAAUCCAACUAUCAUAUGUACAGUUUUAUUAUUAUUGUUUGUUACCUCAUGUUAUGACAUUGUUAUAGAGUGUACCCUCUCUUCCCUAUAAUGUGGGUAAAUACUCACUAACCUCAUUACGUCUUCUUUUCAUAACUUUAAAAAAUGAAAUACGUUUGAAGCAUGCCAUUAUCAUUCACUAAGUCAAUAAAAGGGGCAACAUUUUGGGAAUUCUUGUCACCAUCAAUGAUCUACAGCAUGUAUGAUCUAUCUUGAUGACAUGACUGCAGGCUUCGCUAAAAUGUUAUUAUGAAUGGAUGGAUACAUUCACAGUAGUAAUUGGCAAGGCUUCUUCUACUAAAUGCAGGCUGACCACUGAGAAAUGUGAAAGACUCUUCAUCCACACAGACAGUUCAUUUCAUACCAAAGGAUUUAUAGACUUCUGCAUACUGCAUUUGAGGGGGAUUGUGGUGAUUAUAAUAAAGCCUUUUGUGUGGAUCGCUUCUUCAUACCGGUAUACACUUCUUCUUAGUUAUUUUCUCUUCAAACUUUCUCUUCUCACUUUCAAAUGAGCACAGACUACUUGGACUUCCACCACACAACACAGAGGAUACUACUUUCACUUCAGUCCAGGAGAUUUUAGGGCAUAAUGAGGUAUAUCAUUAGUAUAUUAGUAUACACAAUAAUAUUUUAUUUUUCUUUAAAAAAGUAUGUUUUCCCCACACCAGAUACAAACAUACACAUACGAACAACAACUUACUGUACAGACGCCCACAAACAAUGACUACAUCUCAUCUGCCCAGACCUGCAUGCUCACACCCCCAUCCCUAAUGCCUGCAUUAUUGCCACGUGGCCUUCAAUUGUAACAAUUUGUUUUUCUCGGAUGCCCAUGCUAUUUCAAUAUUUCAAUGAUAAAUCAUUAUGUUAGUGAUGGCGGAUUGAUUGAGUUCCACGUUUUUAGUAUACGAUUUUCCAAGAUGAGUGAUGAGAGAAUCGUCCAGCCCAUUGGGUAUCUCACUACACCCCCAUAUGCUAUGUCUUGAAAUAUGCAGACAUAUUAAAAGUAUGUUAAUACUUGUCUUGUCUUGAAAUAUGCAGACAGAUUAAAAGUAUGUUUACAGUGUAAUACUUCUUCUGACAGCCAACUUUUUAGCUCCACCCAUAACUUUGGACUUUAUAGCAUUCCCAAAAAGCAUGGAUUAUUGAGUCCUAGUUCGUUUUACACUUAAAACAUGACUCUGCCAUUGUGCUGUAGAAUCUGUGAUUUUUGUCUCUUUUAUAAUAAAUUCUAUAUAUUAGUUUGUACUGGAUUAAGCGUAGAUUUUCGUUAACUGUAAUUUCAUUAGUUAUGCUCAGACAUUCCCUCCAUCUUGUGCCAAGAUGUGUUCUUUUUAUGUCUUAGUUCCAAUAGUUUAUAUUUUUUUCUAAUUGUCAAUUGGAUAUGCUCUCUGCAAGGUUUUACAUAUCUUGCCUAUCAUAUGAUCAUCCUUUUCUGACUCAAAUAAGUUUCCCUUAAGGUUGCUUUGAUGUCCAAAAGAUUUCAAAUAUACAUUUUGUGAUAUGUAACUUUUAAGUUGCAUGUUUUUUUUAAUAUCUAGGUAUUUGUAUUCAGGACAAAAAGUGAAUUGCUGUGCCACAUUACUUUAGUGUCUUGGAAUAUUUGUAUUCUGUACAGACUUGCUUCUUUUCAUUCUGUCAAUCAAAUUAGUAUUGUGGAUUAACUACAAUGUUGUUGAUCCAUCCUAAUUUUCCUCCUAUCACAGCCAUUAAACUCUGUAAAGUCACCAUUGGCCUCAUGGUGAAAUUCCUGAGCAGUUUCUUUCCUCUUUGGUAACUGAGUUAGGAAGGACGCCUGUAUCUUUGUAGUGACUGGGUGUAUUUGAUACAACAUCCAACAGUUAGCACCAUGCUCAAAGGGAUAUUAAAUGUCUGAUUUUUCAUUUUUACCAAUCUACCAAUAGGUGCCCUUCUUUCCAAGGCAUUUUCAAACCUCCCUGGUGCUUGUGGUUGGAUCUGUGUUUGAAAUUCACUGCUUGACUGAGGGAUCUUACAAUUACCUGUAUGUGUGCGGUACAGAGAUGAGGUUGUCAUUCUAAAAUCACGUUAAACACUAUUAUUGCACACAGAGUGAGUCCAUGCAACUUAUUAUGUGACUUGUUAAGCACAUUUUUCUCAUUAACUUUAUAUAGGCUUGCCAUAACAAAGACAUUUCAGCUUAGAAGUUGAAAAACAUAAUUCCACAUUGACAUUAUGGGGUAUUGUGUGUAGGCCAGUGACAAAAUAUUUUAAUUUAAUAAACGUUUUAUUCAGGCUGUAACACAAGAACAUUUGGAAAAAGUCAAAGGGUGUGAAUACUUUCUGAAGGAACUGUACAUUGGUCAGUCCAAAAUAGUGUUUUAAUUCUGUCAUAGAAAUAAAUGUAUUUCCUGUUACCAUUUACGGUGUCUAUGCCUUUAGUUUUCCAUGUGGACCAAUUUAUAGGUGAAUUUUGAAACGCUAUCCAAGGAUUGUUCCAUAGGGUUGUGUUUCUAGGGAGUGAUAUUGAUUUUUGUAGAAUGUUUCAUUUUCUUCAAUAUUGCUAUAUUAUUAACUGAUGUUAAUGUUCUUAGCUUUAUCCUUUGAAAAUAGACACGUGAAAAUAUUCUAGGGAUAAGCUUGCUCAUCUUCAAUAUGUACCCAUUGUUCCUCUUUAGUGCAUUUAACUAUAUGUCGCAAAUAAAAAAGUAUUGGAUAGCGAGUUGAUACAAUUCCAAGUCUUGAAGGUUAAAACCACCCUCAGACUUAGAAAUAUGUAAAACAUUCCUUUUUUUCUAUGAAUGUUAUUUGCCAAUAAAGUCUACCAUGACCGACUAUACUUUUUUAAAGAAUGUCUUCUCUGGGGUAAUUUAAACUUUGGGAGCCAUGCCAAUCUAAAGAGGUUUAUUUUACCUGUAAAAUAUAUGUGAAGAUUGUUUAAUUAGAUCUGCUUUCAUAUUGUUGAGCAAUGGAAUAAAGAUAUCUUUAUAUAUUUGUUGUUUGUUGUCACUUAUCAAGCACCCAAAGUAUUUAAUAUUUUUGUGGUCCACUUAAAGGAAUGUUGAGAUCAUGAGUUAUUAUUUUAUUGUUCCUAUUACCAUUAUUUCUUUUUUUUCCACAUUCAUUUUAUAUCCUGAGAUUUUAGAGCAUUCUGCUAAUAUUUUUUAGCAAAGGGGGGCAUUGCGUUUUCAGUAUUGGUCAGGUUAUCAGGAGAUCAUCUGCAAAUAAGUUUAGUUUAUAUUCAUGUUUACCAAUACUGAUACCUGUUACAUUAUAAUGAUAA